CCAGCGCACGCCACGCCGCGCCCCGCCCCCUUAACGCAGGCUCGGCGCGGCCUUGCGCACGCGCGCGGGCGCGCGCGCGCACCCGGUAGCCCCUCAGUGUGGGUAGCGGGACCGGUUGGCGGAGGCCGGGCCGCUGAGGUGGAAGGGGAGGAGCCCGAGCCGCCGCCGCCGCCGCCGCCGCCGCCGUCGUCGCCGCGUUCGCGGCCGUCGCGGUAGGGGAGCAUGUCUGCAAGUCGAGCCAAGAAAGUGAAGAUGGCCACCAAAUCGUGCCCCGAAUGCGACCAACAGGUUCCUGUUGCAUGUAAAUCAUGUCCCUGUGGUUACAUAUUUAUUAGCAGAAAACUUUUAAAUGCAAAGCACCCAGAGAAAUCACCACCUUCUACAGAAAACAAGCAUGAGGCCAAGAGGAGGCGCACAGAGAGAGUUAGGAGAGAGAAGAUAAAUUCUACAGGAAAUAAGGAUUUAGAGAACAGAAAGAGGUCUCGAAGUAACAGCCAUUCAGAUCAUAUCAGACGAGGAAGAGGAAGACCUAAAAGUGCAUCUGCCAAAAAACAUGAGGAAGAAAGAGAAAAACAGGAAAAGGAAAUUGACAUCUAUGCUAACCUCUCUGAUGAAAAGGCUUUCGUGUUUUCAGUCGCCUUGGCAGAAAUAAAUAGAAAAAUUAUCAAUCAAAGACUUAUUCUCUGAUAUUUGUCUGCAGAAUGUGUUGGAACUUCCUUCAGGAUUGCAUCAGCGAAUUCUCAGACAGCCGUGGACUCUGCGGAGCCUUCUGCCCGCGUCCGCGGGGGCCGGCGGGGCCCUCGUCCCGGAGCCUGGGCCGCCCUUUGGGAGCGGAGCUGUGGUCUUGGACUGUUCUGGGGGUUCCUUGGUUCCCGAGGAGUCUUGUCAGUGUUUUGUGUUUGGGAUAUAAGAAAGUGUAUUUACAAAGAAAAAAGCAAAAAAAGCUGAAUGACUGUUAAAGGUUAAAGGGGUAGGGAUGGGAGCAGAAGUAUGAAAACUAGGGAAAUAAAAUGCUUGAUAAUUUUCAGGUUCGCCACCAGAGAUGCAAUAUUUUAAGUACUUCGAGAAAGAAUGACUUUUAAAAAUAUAUAUUUCAGAUUUUCAGCACUAAUGCAUUGCGUAUAUACAGUUCAUUUACUUUUAACAAAUUGGCAAUUGAUAUUUUAUUGAAUGGGGAAUUAAUAUAAACUGUAAAUUUUCUCUUAAAUUGAUUUUUUUCUUGGCCUUUAUUUUUAUGACUUAAGGUAUGAGUUAUAUUUUGGGAGAUACUUUCUAGACAGUUUGGAAGUUUGGGUGCUAUAUUAAGAAAAACAUUUAAGGAUAUAUGAUAUUUCAGAUAUAAACACCUUGUUUUCUUGAAUGUAAUUUAUUUAUUGGUUAUAAAAAACACUUUUCUGCUCUCAAGAUGGUGCCUGUUAACCUAGACAUUAAAUAUAUUUAUUACAUGCAAAAUAUUUCUUAGCCACUUUUAAGCAGUAAUGUUUUAUCUGAAUGGAUGUUCAUUUAUACAUCCUGAUAAUUAUUUAAAUUGUUAACCUCACUCUGGAAGAAAAAAAAAU